CAUUCAGUUAGGCGCCAUUGUCGCACACCGCUGUAGAUGAUCGAUCGAACCGCCUCAACCGACGAAGACUCAUCGUCAGCUAGGUUCAGUUCUUCGACAACCGCCGCGGAGUUUACACGAGCUUUAUUUUGACUGAGUCCGGUUUUGCUUUCGGACGACGAUUUUGCAAGUCCACAACCCAGCUGAUUGUAAGUGUCUUCGUUGAAGGCUUUACGUGAAGGUCAUCUCCGACUGGAUGACAGAGGUGUGAAUCGAAACAGGCAUCAGUUGAAGUUUUUCGAUGAAUUAGAGGCAUUCUUAGCCGGAAUUCCAGUCCAUCAUGACGUCGAUCAAGUUGAUCAGGCUGACGGCGAUCGUGCUGUUGGCGUUUGCUGUGUUCACAGACGCCCAAUGGUUCGGCAGCAAAAAGAAGAAGGAAGAAGAUCCCAACGUGGCGCUGCUAUCUUACAAUCCAGUAGAUCCGGAUGCAGUAGCUCCUCCGCAGAGCCCUACGACAAGCACAACCACUACUAGCACUACCACCCCGGCACCUACGACAACCAAGAAGAAGGGCUUCUUCGGAGGCCUCUUCGGAGGUAGCGGAAAGGAAAAGGAACCAAAGACAACUACCACGACUACGACGACUCCCAAACCAACAACGACUACGCCAGUUCCGACUACGAAGAAAUCUGGCGGUGGCUUCUUCGGAGGACUGUUCGGCGGUGGUAAAAAGGACAAGACUACCACUGUCGCUCCCACAACAGCCAAGACUACGGCUAAAUCGGCCGUUACUGUGCCAACUCCCACGGCCAAAUCCGGGGCACCAUCAGUAACUACUCCCAAAGCUGUAACUCCAGUCGUUGCUCCGACAAGCACAGUCAAACCAGGAACCCCAACUGUAGCGAGCCCAACCGCUUCGAAGCCUUCCACCGCCAAGGAUGCAUUCCCACCUCUUCCCGCAGUCUCCACUACUGCAGCGUCCGUCCCCAAACCCCCACCUACACCACCAAAGCCGUCCGCAUCCACCCCCAAAACGGCCGAAGCCUUCCCCGCUCUUCCACCAAAACCAGGCAGCCCCACACCUGCUUCCGUUCCAACCUCGACCGUAGCCAGUGCCUGGAAUAAGCCACUCCCAACUCAACCACCGUCACCACCCGUCGCAGGUAAGCCCGGAGUAAGUUUCGUCCCCACUCAAGCCCCAGUUGGAGGUUCCACCGCAAGAACUACCCCCCGUUACACGGAAGGGCCUACCGCUACCGACGACGAACUGGCCACCCUCUCGGAACAGCUCUUUUCCAAAGAAAACACCAACCUCAACAAACACGUACGCGUCAACUACCAGCGUCAAACCCUGUCGUCAUCCACGGUAGACGACGCUCCAGACCCCCUACUCACCGUUGAUGAACGCCAGGUGUACGCUGUGCCCACCAUCGAGAAGAUGCGUGCUCUCUUCAACAACUACGAGGUGGACACGAUGGUUAACGAAUACGUCACCCCUAUGGAAAAGAAGGAGGAAAACGACUUUGUAGAUGCCCUCCUGGCCACCUCGGUGAUGCGCAGCGCUAUGCUGUUCCUCCAGAAGAAGGGAGUCGUCACGGCCGAUCCGAAAACGCACCACGAUCUGCUGAAGACCAUUUGGUUCCAUCUGUACUCGCGAGGCAACGGCAAAAUCGGCAGCUCCGGCUUCGAGCACGUGUUCCUCAAUGAGGUCAGCAACGGAACGAUGAUCGGACUGCACAACUGGGUCUACCUGUACGAUCAGGAGAAGGCCGGCCGCAUCGACUACCAGGGCUACAUCAAAAAGAUGGAUCUGGGAGGCAAAGGAGAAGUCGCCAAGGUGCGGCUCACGUUCGACAAGCUGACCAAACCGUCCAACUCGCUGUUCAUCGCGACGUCCCCGGAGCUGGAGAUUGCCCUCUACACCGUGUGCUUCCAGAUGCGACCGGACACCGAAUGUCCGCUGUCGAUCAACGGCAAGAAAUUCACCAUCAAAACGUUCACUUUCCGCUACCGGGGCAAGAACCUCAUCGGUGGUGCUUGGCCCAAUUUCUAGGCGGCAAAACGGGACAAGGGAGCGUGAAACCACAACUACUCAAGGCAAUUGAUAUUCUCUAUGUAUCGCGUAUAGUCAGUAGUUUUAAAGAGCUUUUUUGAAAUUGUAUUUUUACUGAACGUCAUAAUAAAGAACCGUAAAGCUAUCGGA